CCUAUUGUUCACUGGAUUUUGGUGUUGUAAUUCUGCAGCAUUAUAGGUUAGACAGAAAUUGCACAAAGGAGUUUGGGUAUGGACAGACCAAGCAGUGCAGCAGUGUUGUACACUUAUGCCCGUAGUGAUGUCGUUUUACUUAGUCACUGUUGGUGGUGCUGUUGCCUAAGCAGUCUACUUGUGUGUAACGUCGGCCCUAUCACUGACACAAAGUCAACACCCUUGUUUGAAGAAAAUAGGCGAUGGUUGAGUGCGUAUACCCACUAAGACUCUGGGUUUAGUAUAGAUUUGAAAGAAGACUGUAGAAACUGCGUAUGUGGUGUGUAGUGGAAGCGAGAUAGUCGGCGUUUUGGAUUUGACAUUUUUGGGAAGAAAUGGAUUAUCUGAAAAACAAAGGCGCUGCGUUGGAUUUGAGAGUCUCCAUUUUGCUUUGCUGCGUUGUUUCAGCGGUCAGCGGACAAAUUCGUUAUUCUAUACCAGAGGAGAUGAGGAAAGGGCUGUUUGUGGGAGAUGUUGCAAAAGACCUGGGCGUGGAUGUGAGAAGGUUGGUAUCUGGUCGGGCUCGACUAGUUAUAGACGAUGAUAACCAGUAUGUCGCGCUCAACAAGAACAAAGGACAUAUCGUUGUCAAUGAACGAAUUGACAGAGAAAAAUUAUGUGCCAAAAAAUCUCCGUGCAGCUUUAGUCUAGAAAUUGUCCUCGAAGAUCCGCUCGAAUUGUUUUCCAUCACCAUUGAAAUACAAGAUGUAAAUGAUCAUGCGCCUGCUUUUCCCAAAAAGGAAAUUAAUUUGGAAAUUAGCGAAUCGACCCCCACAGGGACUGUAUUCUUGCUCGAUAGUGCCGCUGAUCCUGAUGUAGGAAUAAACUCACUGCAGAGUUACUCUUUAAAGGCAAAUGAACAUUUUGUUCUCAAGCAACAUACGCGAGCAGAUGGGAGUAAAUACGCCGAAAUGAUGCUUCAAAGCGGUUUGGACCGCGAGAAGCAAAGCGAGCAUACUCUGAUAUUAAGUGCUGUCGAUGGUGGGGAGCCGCAGAGGUCGGGAACAGUGAGGAUACAUGUGUCUGUUCUGGACGCAAAUGACAACGCACCCGUUUUUACGCAAUCUGUGUACAAAGCCUCUGUUUUUGAAAAUGUUUUGCGAGGGACAGUUAUUGCUAGAGUCAGUGCAGUAGACGCAGAUCAAGGCUACAAUGGGAAUGUUACAUACUCUUUCACCCACCAAGAGGAGGAUUCCUCCUGUCCUUUUGAAAUAAAUUCUUACACCGGAGACAUUAAACUCGCCGGUGACAUAGAUUACGAGGUUUCUCCAAAUUACGAAAUAAAUCUUCAAGCAAAGGAUCCGUGGGGUGUUGCAGGGGCCAGCAAAUUAAUUAUAGAAAUAGCAGAUGUGAAUGACAACAGUCCAGUCAUUACAAUGGCUUCAUUUUCGGGGAAGAUUUCAGAGGAUUCUCCUCCUGGAACAGUUGUGGGGCUGAUAAGUGUCCAAGAUAAAGAUUCUGGGAAAAAUGGACAAGUGCACUUAACAAUAGAUGAAAGUCUCCCACUCAAAAUUAAAACUUCAUUCAGGAACUAUUACACAUUGGUCACAGAGCAAAACCUCGACAGAGAAAAGCGUUCAAAGUAUAACAUCACUCUAACUGCGACUGAUGAGGGCGUCCCUGCCUUAUCAAGCCGAAAAAAUGUUUAUUUAGAAGUUACUGACGUUAACGACAACGCUCCAGCUUUUAACCAAAGUGUUUACAACACUCAGGUGAUGGAAAACAAUUCACCAGGUGUCGCUCUGUUGCAGAUCCACGCCAGUGAUCCGGAUCAGGGUCAGAAUGCACGCAUUUCGUAUUUUCUUAUUGAUGACGAGGUUAAUGGAAAUCCGGCCUCCACAUAUUUCUCUAUUAACACAGAAAGUGGAGUCAUUCAGUCUUUGCGUUCACUGGACUAUGAACAAGUCAAAGAAUACAAAAUACGAAUUAAAGCACAAGAUGGAGGCUCGCCACCCCAAAGUAGUAACACAACAGUUAUUGUACAUGUCCAGGACCAGAAUGACAACCCUCCUCAGGUCCUGUAUCCAGUCCAGACCGGUGGCUCUGUGGUGGCUGAAAUGGUUCCUCGUUCAGCAGAUGUGGGCUAUCUGGUGACCAAAGUGGUGGCUGUUGAUGUGGACUCUGGACAGAAUGCGUGGCUGUCGUAUAAACUGCAGAAGGCCACAGACAGGGCUCUGUUUGAAGUGGGCUCCCAGAAUGGAGAGAUCCGAACCAUCCGCCAAGUGAGUGAUAAAGAUGCAGUGAAACAGAGACUGAGUGUUAUAGUGGAGGACAACGGGCAGCCCUCUCGUUCAGCUACAGUCAUUGUGAACGUGGCGGUGGCGGACAGCUUCCCUGAAGUUCUGUCGGAGUUCAGUGACUUUCCACACGACAAGGAGUACAAUGACAACCUGACUUUUUACUUAGUGUUGGCUCUGGCUGUGGUCUCCUUCCUCUUCAUCACGUGUUUGGUGGUUAUUAUCUCAGUGAAAAUCUACAGAUGGAGACAGUCUCGCAUCCUGUAUCAUUCCAGCCUGCCUGUCAUUCCAUAUUAUCCUCCACGUUACUCAGACACUUUGGGGACAACAGGGACUCUCCAACACGUGUACAAUUACGAGGUGUGCAGGACGACAGACUCCAGAAAGAGUGACUGUAAGUUCGGCAGAGGUGGUAGUCAGAACGUGUUGAUAAUGGAUCCCAGUUGUUCAGGGACGAUGCAGCGGAUGCAGGGUGAGAAGAGCAUCCUGGAUGAACCAGACUCUCCUCUCGAGGUCAGUUGUUUUCUGUCUUCUUUUUCUCCUCUCUCUCUCUCUCUCUCUCUGUGUGUUUUUUUCCAGUAAAAAUGUACAGCUUAAAGCCAAAGCUGAACUGUACUUUUCAGCACCAUGGUCAGCGUGCCUGGCAUUUUAUGUCUGACUGUGAAACUUGCAAUAUAGAUGACCAAAAUGUGGCAUUUUGCAAUUUAUGUUCCAUAUACAUGUUAUAACUAUUUUUUUCUUUAUUUAUUCUUUAUUUUUCGAUGUCUGUAUAAUUAUGAUCGUGACGUAUAUCCACACCAGUUAUAUACCUUUUUCUUGGCCAUUUUUUUCUUCCGCUCAUACAAUUUUCCACUCGAGGAAUUCACAGGAAUCGACGUGUUUUUUUUUUUUUUGUAUUUUAUUGGAAAUUAAACUUCGUGUAUUCAUCUUUUUUGGAUAUUUUGAUCUUAAUGUUUUCUGUAAAACUAUGUUAAUGGUUAACGAUCGUGUAACUCCCUCUGUUGCUCACUCAUGGCCUUCAGCCAACUUUCAGUCUUCAACUUGCUAAUAUUUUUGAUAGUGAUCUGAAAUUCAAAUAUCAUAUUGCAUAAUAAAUACUAGCAGUUUGUACAAUCUAUUUUGCACUGAGGCAGCACUGGUGUAGUUUUACAAUUAACAGGGCUUGUAUUUCACAAAAGACAUUUAGAUUUAUUUGUUUUAGGUUUCUGAAAAGUCUGCAGCAAAUGUGCUGAAGCUUAAGUUGUUUUGGUUUUGUUUGUUUUUUUCAACAAGUUUUCUUCUUUAUUGUAGUGCUUUAGUUAGUUGAACGUCACUUUUAUCAAUACCUCAAGCGUUUCUUUGUUUUCAGUCUCAAGAAACACUGUAUUGUAUCUUUCUCUCCUGUAGUUGCCUGCCGUAGUAGCGAUUUAAUCAUAAUGUAGUCUGAAUGAGUUUCAUUUUUGAGGACAGUGGCUGUAUUUUUAUUCUGGUCAGAUAUUCUGUUCGCAUGGACUCUGGAUUUGCAAAUCAUUUCCUUCACUGCGUUGAUAUUCAUUGAUUGGACUGUAAGGGACGCUGUUGGUCAAGUUAAAAUAAAUCUGAACAGUGUUUAA